GUUUCAGAUUCCUCAGGGACUUUCACUAUUGACAGCAAUGGGGUAAAGGGCCAAGGAACAUACACGGUUAUCAAUGGCGUGGUGGAUAUAUCGAUAGGCCUAAAACUAGAGACAGGAACUACAUCAUGCGGGCCAAAUGAUGGAGUCAGCACUUUGACGGCAUCGCUGCCAAGCCCUACACCUAUCGCGUCAACAAAUGAUGAGGCUCGCUCGUCACCAACUCCAAACGCUGAACCUACUUCGUCAGUUUUUCCAAACACUGGACACAUCUCUUCUCUUCGUCCUAACCCUGAGUCAUCCUCUAUGCCUCAUCCAAGCAAUGAGCCAAGUUCAUCACCCAUUGAGAGCAGUACCCUUCUUUCCAGCAGGGAAACAGCUCAAAUGGCCCCAGAAAUCAUUCUCACGCCAUAUGGUAACAGGACUUUCGUGUUUUCUAACUUAACAAAUAUGCAACCUGUCAUAUUUUGGAUGGGUUUGGUCCGAUUUAUAGCUAGUAAGACAAUAAUAAAUAAAUAAAUAAAUAAAGUGUCUUUAUUGUUCAAAAGAUAAAAUUACAUAUCUUAUGUUGCAUUUAAAUACAACAAUGUUAAUGGGCUAAAGUAUGUCUCUAAAUAAGAUUGGUAUAUACAUAGAAAGAAAUACAAAAAUCGAAUACAGAAAGUACACUAUUUACAAAGCUACAUUAUACUUGAAGACAAUUCUAUUAAAGAAUGUAUUCUUUAAGCGGUCCGUGUGAAUGGCGGGCAUUGUGGGAGAUUUAUUCCUUAAGUUGUAUCUUGUAAUCUUAGUCUCAGGGAAGUUAGCUCUAAGAGGGUGGUUCGGGAUACUAGAAACCUUCCUACAAAUUCUAUGAUCUUGCACUUUAAGUAAUUCACCUAUCUNAUGGGCUAAAGUAUGUCUCUAAAUAAGAUUGGUAUAUACAUAGAAAGAAAUACAAAAAUCGAAUACAGAAAGUACACUAUUUACAAAGCUACAUUAUACUUGAAGACAAUUCUAUUAAAGAAUGUAUUCUUUAAGCGGUCCGUGUGAAUGGCGGGCAUUGUGGGAGAUUUAUUCCUUAAGUUGUAUCUUGUAAUCUUAGUCUCAGGGAAGUUAGCUCUAAGAGGGUGGUUCGGGAUACUAGAAACCUUCCUACAAAUUCUAUGAUCUUGCACUUUAAGUAAUUCACCUAUCUCUAAUUUCUUGGAUAUGUAUCUGCGUUUAAAAUAUCGAUCUAAUAAUGAUGAUGAUGAUGAUGAUGAUGAUGAUAAUGUUGAUGAUGAUGAUGAUCAUAAUCGCGGUGAUGAAAACAAUGACUAUAACUUUACAAUUUGAGCUUUGAAGUACAGCGAUACAAUAUAAUUUCUAUUCAGCUAAGAACCUAUCACACCUACCCAAACACAAUAAAUAAGAAAGGUUAUUCAACGCCAAAAUUUCAUAAAUUCUAAAUCUUUUCAUAGAUAAACAAUUCGUCGAUGAUAUGGUGACUGUCCACAAUAAACUUCGAUCGGUCCACUUCUCCCCACCUAUUCAGAGCAACGACGAAAUGUCCUUAGAGGCCAAAAAACUCGCUCUUAGUCUUGCCAGUGAAAAGGACCUUCGACACUCCUUACCUUCUGAAAGACCUAACCAAGGUGAAAGUUUGGCCAUGGGAUGUACUACUGCGUCUGGACCGGGGAUUUCGGCAACCGAAGCCAUCAAAAAAUGGUACCUGAAUAUAUAUUUCUUUUGCAUGUGUUCAGUGUGAAACACGUUCUCAGCUUUUUUAAAAAUUAAUUUUAAGGCAAUCAGGUAUAAUUGGUCAAAGAAAAUAAUCCGUUUUUGCAAGAUUCACUUUUUGCUCACUAGAGGACUUUCCCGCAUUUUCUUAGUGUUUUUUUCUGAUUUUUUUCCUGUUUUUGUUUCUUUUUGUAACUCGCUUUAACCAUAUAACUACACUUGGUCAAAAAUAAAAUAAAAAAAUAAAUAAAAAAUAAAUAAUAAUAAUAAUAAUAAUAAUAAUAAUAAUAACAAUAAUAAUAAUAAUAAUAAUAAUAAUAAACGUACUUUAUCAAACUCUUCUCAAAUUGAAAAUUAAAUACAAAUUUAGUAUAACUAUAGUUGAAAAAGACUUCUUGGUGGUCCGGUGGUUUUCAACAGAGCAAAUGUAAACAACUGUCUAUAAACUAAACAAUGAAAAUUUCUAUGUACAUCCCAAUAAUAAAGUAUCUAUAGCUGUUGAGUCUAGGGAAGUCCUGCUAGACCCUUCUCUCUAUUUACAUCUAAGUUUCCCCUUCUCGGGGUUCUCGAUCCCCUUAGGCACUGCAGCGCGCUCCGCAAAAUUGCAAAGGACACUUCCGCCCUGACCCAUGAAAUUGUUGUGGCGUAGCUCUCUUGCUUUUUUUGCAGAUAAUAGCUCGGCGAAUCUUGAGCGGUAUCUCAGGUAUUCGUCAGCCAUCCCUCCCGUCGUUGUAAAUACCAGUGGGGUGAAUGUGCCUUGCUCUACUUCUGUGACGAGAGAGUUGAAUUUUCGCUUCUUUUCAUUUUCAUGAAUCCUGUAGAUUUUCUUGGGGCUACGAUCUCUAUACGAGUCCGCAUUGGGAUGACACACCCUUAUAUCGAAAAUGCAGCCCUCUGUCGCUCCCAGAAACCCCUACAGUGGACGUCAAGGCGUGCAUCAGGGGCUUGGUUAGUCCCUCUGGCAAGCUCUUAGCCUGUAAUAGGUUGUAAUGCCGGUUCAACUUGCACAUCGUAACAAACCAUGUCAAGUAGCUCGGCCUGUAGAUCGCGUAUUUCGUUGUAGCGCUGAAUAUGAUUCGGAGGUGCGACCGUCUAGUAGCGCACUAGAUGACAUUUGUACGAGGGUGUUUGCGUAUGACUGCCUAAUAGCCCAUAGCCGGUUAGUAUAGCUUCGGAGUGUCGUAGUGCUUUAACCCGCUUGUUAAGAUCAAAAUCCACGUCUUUGAGAGGAAUAACUGUAAGCCAGUUGGAUGCGCCUUUUUUUACAGGCCAGGUCCACGGCUCUCAUAUUAAUAAUAAUGUUGAUGAUAAUGAUAAUAAUGAUAAUCACCCCAGAAGUGAUUAGAUACUUCAAGAAUAAUCUAUCAAGGAAAACAGGGGAAGAGGACUCAUUAGCUGUGAAGCUUGCGUGCGUGGGGAAGAAAGCAAGUUUUGGCUAUUUAGGGAAUCAAAUGUAAGGGCUCCUUUGAGAUCUUAAGGAACUUGUUGUUGCUUGCUCCCAAGGGUAAUUUAUCAGGCAGUGUAAACCUUUUAAGCAUGAGAUUCGCAAUAAUAAUAACAAUUAUAAUAGCAACAACAACAACAACAACAACAACAACAAUAAUAAUAAUAAUAAUAAUAAUAAUAUAUUAUUAUUAUUAUUAUUAUUAUUAUUAUUGUUAUUAUUAUUACAGUGCAGACGAUACACUAAAGAGGUUGGUUAAUUUAUACGUUAAUUUUAUUUCAGGUAUGACGAAGCAUGUUGUGACGAUUUUUCAAACCAUGCCUUUCAAAAUUUAUCAGGACAUUUUACGCAAUUGGUGUGGAAAGCAACAGAAGAAAUCGGUGUCGGUAGAGCAUUUGGUUCAAAGUGGGGAAUGAACUGUACAUUUAUCGUAGCACGUUACCGACCCAAAGGGAACAUUGACAGUGAAACUGCAUUUAAGGACAAUGUGGAGCAAGGCACCUUCGAUCCUGCUGUGUAUAACUGCAGUAACGUAAACUGUCCAAACAAAGUUACGGAUUACAGUCAGAACAAUCAAGUACCAGGGAGCAAUCAGCAACAUUAUGGAUUGUCAGAUAAAUUCAGCGCAUCUCCUCUUCAUAGAUACAGGAAUCUGUAUUACAAGAAUGCUAAAGAUCUCGGUGGUGGUCUCAGAGAUCAAGUUUUAAACGGCUAUCCGAAAAUGACUGGGAUCAAAUCCAAUUCCCUUUUGUCUCGUUAUCAGGUUUAUAAGAUGAAAAAUGAGGAUGAAAGUUUACCACAAUUCUUUUCAAAUGAUCUUAGCGAGAAUGAUUUAAAGGCUAUGGAAAAAUUUUACAGGGGUAAGAUACCACACAACCCAAUUAGUAUGCAAGAACACGAUAAGGUUGUGUGGUUUUUAUUAUGA